UUACAUAUUGUCCGAAAAGAGUGAAAGAAAUAAUAAAGAAAAAGACAAAGACCCAAAUAAAUAAAUAAGUUUUCUAUACAAUACUCUUUGCGGCAAUUCUGAUUCUGAAAACUUUUCCAAACCCAAGCUUCUAACCUAUUUUCGUGGAUAUCACCGCCACACUUGGUUGAUAAACUUGGUGGGCUGAUAACACUUUUGUCUUUGCCGUUCACUGAGGUCUGUGAGUUGCUAUUUCACUGUACGAGGAUUUGAUUGAAGGUUUAGUAUUAGAGGGAGAUGGGUGGCACUAAUGAAAAUGGGGCUGGUAUGCAAGGGCUUCAAUCUACAUUUGGUUUGAAGCCAAAGAAUCAAUUUGAUGUGCAAAAUUUCAAUACCCUUCAAAAGGGUGUGCCUAUGCGUCAAUUGCCACAAAAUUUGAGUCCUAGUAGUGAGAACAGUAAUAAGAGACCUGGUAUACCACCCUCACACCCCAAUAACACUGCUAAUUCGAUGCAGUACUCACAGUUUACGGGGUCCAGACCAGCUUCUAGGCAGCCGGGUUCGCAGAAUUUGAGCCCGGGGCCUUCCCAUACUAGGUCUUUAUCUCAACCUUCAUUUUUCAUGCUUGAUAGUUUGCCCCCUUUGAGCCCUUUGCCCUCUAUGAGCUCUCUCUCAGACCCGAUUAUGACUGAUGUGUCUAUGGAAGAAAGUGUUGUUAAUUCUCAUGCCCAGCCUCAUGGUGGAAAUGGAGGUAAUGCGUUUCGGGUUGGUGAGGGCCUUCCACCUCGUAAAGGUGGACACCGUCGUUCUAAUAGUGAUAAUCUUCCGUUAGGAUUCUCAGCCAUGAUUCAAGCUUCCCCACAAUUGAUGCCCAUUGGGAGUCGGGGAGUUUUGGAACGGUCAGUUUCUGGGAGAGAGAAUUCGGGAGCGGAAAAGCCAGCCACGUUGGUGAUGAAAGCGGAAUUGAAAAGGGAUAGGGAUGGCAAUAACAUUGCUGAUGGGACAGGUGAAGGGAAAUCAGAGGGGGAAAUUUCAGAUGACUUGAUUAAUGUAUACAUGAACUUUGAAAACAUUGAUAAAAUGAACUCAUCUGGUACUGAGGAAAAGGAUUUGGAUAGCAGAGCCAGCGGCUCGAGGACAAAUGGAUGUGAUAGCAGUGAUAAUGAGGUGGAAAGUCGGAUAAAUGGCUACCCAAACAGUUUGCAAGGGUUAAGUUCUGGUUUUCCUAAUGAGAAGAGGGAAGGAAAGAGAAUUGCUGGUGGAGAAACGACACCUACUGUUCGACACUAUAGAAGUGUUUCAAUGGAUAGUUAUAUGGAUAGUUUGAAUUUUGAUGAUGAAUCACCAAAGCUUCCGCCUAUAGGAACUGUGGCGGUUCAACACUUGCCUAGCAAUGCAAUUGAUGGGAACUCAAGUAAGUUCAGCAUGGAGCUUGGAAAUGUUGAGUUUAGUGAUGCUGAGCUGCAAAAGAUCAAGGAAAAUGCGAAACUGACUGAGAUUGCACUAUCAGACCCCAAACGUGCCAAGAGGAUUUUGGCCAAUCGUCAAUCAGCUGCCCGUUCUAAGGAGCGGAAGACACGGCACACUGCAGACUUAGAGCACAAGGCACAAAUUCUAGAGACAGAGAACACUACAUUGUCUGCAGAGGUUACAAAGUUACAGAGAGAGUCUAUUGCACUUCAGAGUGAGAACAAGGAGUUGAAAUUUCGCCUUCAGGCCAUGGAACAAGAGUCCAAACUCAAAGAUGCUUUGAAUGAGACCUUGACCACAGAAGUCCAACGUUUAAGGCUGGCUGCAACAGAGUGUGGUGGUGAAGGCUACUUGGCGAACCUCAUGGCCCAGCAGCUUUCCAUUAAUCAACAGAUGUUUCAGUUGCAGCACGCCCAGCCCAGGCAGCUUUACCAUUUGUCGCGGGAGCAACAACAUCUACUGCAACAGCAGGCACAAUUGCCGCCCCAGCAGCAGAAUUGUGAUACGGGUGAGCAAGAGACGAGCCAGUAGGCUGGCCAUCCAACCGCUAGCCUCAAUCAAAACUGCAUGGUUUCUUUUAACUUAUUUUGAAAUACAGGUAGUGUGCGAUCGUAUAUAAGCUUCUCGAAAUCUAUCAAUAUAUAAUUAUUUAUUUUAUUCAACUUAGUCAUUUUUUUAAACCUGGUUGGCUAUGAGAUGUAUUUAGAAUUUGAGCUAAACUCUAUGUUUAGUUCUUUCUUCUGAGCCAGAGCCAAGAAAAGUUCUUUUCUGACAUUAUUAACAAUCUAUAGUUUUGGUUUUGGCUACAUAUUGAUACUCAUAUGUCAUUUUCGUGGGUAUAAUAUGGCUGCAUGUUGGAUUUGUUACCCAUGGAUGAUAUCUUUUAGGUUUUGUUUGCCACAAGCUCCUUCUAACAGUA